UUUGAUUGCAAAGCGGCCGCUUUACUCACAUUGUUACCGCCUUUUCUUUCGCUUGCUGCAAAAUCUGCUGUUGCAAUGAACGAUAAGUAUAUUCAGCUACUCCCUGUGUUCUCUGCUGUGUUGGAUACAAGUGAACUAAACAAGUCUUUGGUGGAGCUUAUCGUUUCAAGUUUAGCCAAACUUCUGAAGAAUGCAACUUGUAAACAUCUGGGCGAUGAUUUCUUGCUCAAAAUAUUGCCUCGUUUGCAGCAUUCCCUUGGCAGUGCAGAUACGGUAAUUUUUCAGCUUAACCGCUUUGAAUUUCGAAACUUGGAAAUCUUUCCUAACGCGUUGAAUCUCUCUUAUCGACUAGUUUUGACGAAAAUUUGUUUGGCGACACUGGAGUGCUUGUACUUAAUAGCGCAGCGAUGGCCAGUCCCGACACUCUUACCAUUUUGCAGUCCAAUUAUGUGUAGUUUGGCAAAUGUUUCUCGAAGGAAAAAAGAAAUUGUUCGUCGCGCUGUUGCAGAUGUCCGGGCUGCGUGGUAA